CGUCACUGCGAUCCCGGGGGGCGGGGGGGGGCCGGGGCCGCUCGCUCCCUCGGGCCUCUCCUCAUGCGCGCUGCGCCGCCGUUCCUAUCCGCGCUCUGCCUGGCGCUGGCGGCCGCUGCAGGAGCCGCAGCUCUUGCCCCUGUUCUUUGCCUCUGGUUUUGUUGGUGAGGAUAUCACAGUGAUGUCUGCAUUCAACCUGCUGCAUUUGGUGACAAAGAGCCAGCCAGUGGCCCUGCGAGCCUGUGGGCUUCCCUCAGCUUUCCGUAACGUGUGUCGCCAAAGAUGUACUAUUUCAGAUGUCUCUUCACGUGGUCUGAAAGAAAAUAAAAGGUCAUGUAGGGAUAAAAAGGACUGUAAGGUGGUCUUUUCCCAGGAGGAGCUGAGGAAGCGGCUGACACCCUUGCAGUACCAUGUCACUCAGGAGAAGGGGACUGAAAGUGCCUUUGAGGGGGAGUACACACAUCAUAAAGCUCAAGGAAUAUACAAAUGUGUUGUUUGUGGGACUCCUUUAUUCAAGUCAGAAACAAAGUUUGACUCCAAUUCAGGUUGGCCUUCCUUCUAUGAUGUGAUCAGUCCCGAUGCAAUUACUUUCAACGAUGAUUUCUCCUAUGGGAUGCAUCGAAUUGAAAUAUCCUGCAGUCAGUGUGGUGCUCACCUGGGGCAUAUUUUUGACGAUGGACCUCGCCCAACUGGCAAACGGUACUGCACAAACUCUGCUUCGUUAUCUUUCAAGCCAGCAGACAAGAACAACACUGGAGAAGGCAGCGGUAAAGCCAGUUCUGCCCAAACAGGCAAAGCUGAGCUGUAGGAUGAAGCAAAGCCUGCAGAAAACUGUGCUGAUACCACACGGCUUACAAGGAAUGUUUUCUAAGUUGCCUGCUCUCUUAUAGCCUAAGAAUGUUUAAACGUAUGAAAGCAUUUUGCACCUUCCUCCUUCUUCCUCAUCUUUUUGGAACUGAGGCCUUGCCUGCUGGUGCAUUUACUAUAUAAUUGGAUUGAAAAAUGUGUUGACUGACUCCACAGGUUUUCUUUUCCUUUCUUUUCUUUGAGAUUGCUUUGGGGAAUCCUUAAAUCGAGAGGCUUUGGCAGCAUUAGUUAUUAGUUUCUUCUUAGUGCUGUGUUACUCUAGGUUUGAACACCAUUCCUUUUUGUGUGGGAGAUGGGACUUGUGUUUAUCUCCAGUCUAUAGGAAACUUCUGGGCAUAAGAAAAUCCUGAAUUCCCAGCACGACUCUGCUUUGUUCUGACUUGCGAGGCAUGCAGCCUUUGGUCAUAUGUAUUCAGCCAUGUCCCAGCAUCAGCCGCACCCUGCGAAAACUUGUACUUAUGGCUGUUCCUUCCCAACUGAGAGAGAUGGAUGAGAUGUAAAGCCCAUCCUUUGGCUAAUUUACUGCCAAAAUUUCAAGGGUGUGGUUGAAAGGAUGUAAACAUUGUCUCAGUGUCUAUUUUUCCCCCUUGUUUGGUAUUUAAAUCAAGGUUUUAACUAGUAAGGCUCACUUUUGCGGGCUCCUAAUGAGGCUUUGUCUUUUUGUGAGGCCUGUUCAGCAACUGUAACUCAAAUCUGAAUUAAAGUUGAAAUCUGCAGGGGGUAAUUAUAUGGACAAAUGCAGAGAUAAACUUCGGAAGUGAAGUAGAUGAGGGAUGACACUAGGCUUUUUGUCUUGUCGGUUGCUACAAGGAUUCAGAAACAUGACAGUUUCUGCUAAAAGGGAGUUUAGGAAUGAAUGCGGCAGAAAGAGAGACCCUCCUGAAGUAUCCAGUUUUAAAGGUUAGCUGGUCUGGAUGUGUACUGCCUACAAGGCCACAGCUUUUAAUUUGUGCAAUUGCAGUGUAGUACAUGAGUGAGGGGAGUGGUUUAAGAAAUGAAUUUGAAAAAAGCCUGUCAGAGCUCUAGAAAUUUUCAUGUAGCAAAAGGUGCUGUCCCAGAAGAUGUUUUUCACAGCUGCUUUUAGAUUUUGUUAAAUAACAGUUUGUCUAGAAUUGUGCGUAAUACUGUUCUUUAAGCUUUACUACACAGUUUUUGCUAAUACCACUUUGCCUUUAAGCAUUGAAAGACUUAAUGAAUAUAGUAUUUACUUUUAUUAGCAAGCUUUGUGACUAACAUAUUUGGAUCCAAUUUUAUUUCUAGUAGGAGCAAAACAACCACUGAUAUUCGUGGAAGCAGGACUGAGGUUUUUAAGUCAGUGAUAAUAAACGUAUUAUCUAAAGUACAAACAUCCUUCAGUUAAAAUAUAGCUACUGUAACAGCAUACAGAAUGGUCAGAAUUGCCUUUUCGAGCAACAUAAGAAAGACAUGAAAAAACCAUCCAAUACCUUAACAUUAAAUAGAUGCAAAUAAGAAUGAUAAAUAUUUAGAGCUAAAACACUAGGGCUCUGCUGUAGUGCACGCCUACUCACAUGAGUAAUCCCCCAGAUGUUGUGCAAGGAAUUGCUCAUCAGCCGCAGGAAAGGUUGUGCAGACUGACCUUUGGUGUUUCAAGGCAGUCGAGUUUCUCCUAGUCCCAUUGGUUUUUAGCAGUUUCUUCUAGAAGGACUGCUUUUAUCCCUUGCUUUUGUUUAAAGAAAAGUAGGUUUUCUCUACCACAUUUUCUGACAUAAACAUAAAAAAGGCAGCAUCUAUAAAAAUGUGGUACAUAAAUGUGGUUUAAUUCCAGAUUGCUGUUGGAUUUAAGUGUUAUCAAAUUUCAGUAUAUUCCUGCCUUAUGUUAAAGAAAUGUAUUACUUAAACUUCAGUACGCGGUAAUGUAUGCUGUCCUACAGGAGAUUUAUUUUUGCAGGAUAUGGAGUGCAAUGAAAUGAGUCAAUAUGGUGAGGUGUAUGUGAUCUCUGGGACUUAGACCAUUUAACAUAGGAAAUGCAUUGUUCUCUCUUGUGCGCAAACUAUACCACAGCGCAGUGCAAGGUAAGACAGAUUUCCUUUUAUUCCUCUUAGAAGAUGCUAGUAAGGGCUAGAAUUGAACCCUCCGAAUUUGGUUCAGUCUGGUUAUGAUCAGAGGAAACUUGGGAGCUGAGCACAAUGUAUAGAAUAAUAGGAGAAUAUUUCUGUAUGUUUAAAUUUUGCACUGUCUAGAUGCUUAUAAAAACUGAAUGCAAACUGUGUAGAAAUAGCAAACUAUAUUUUAUAAUAUCUCUAUUGUUACUCAGAUGUUUAAAUAGCAUACCUUAAAAUAUCAUGUAAGUCACACAUGUUAUUUAUAUAUACUAUAUAUAUAUAAAAUUGCACAUGUUUUUUAUAUAUAUAUACGUACACACACAUAUAUUAUCUAAAUAUAAUUUUAGCCUUCGGUACCUUUUUAAUAACUAAAAUCUUUCCUUAAGAGAGUUCAAUACUUUU